UCACUUCUUCUAUACACAUAAACGAUGGUCACCCUCUCUCCUUCUAUCUUUAUUCUUCUCAUCACUAUGCUCUCCUGCUGUUCUUCUCUCUCUUCCACUCUUUCAUCUUCCAUCCGCUCCUUUUUUACUCCUAAAACCAUGCUACCAAUCCCCCUUCCCUUCUCCUGUUCUUUCCUCGAUUCUUGCAUUAUCCACGCAUACUGUUACGGCAACUUUCGUUUCAAUCCCUUCCCAUCCUUUUAAGCUACCCACGAUUCACUCAGCAUUACAACGUCCCACUUUCCAAUAGCCUCCCACAACCCAUCGUUCAUUCUAGAAAGCAACACUCACUCAUUUCUUUUUCCCUUCCCCUCAUCUUUUCUGUACUCAGUUUUUCUUCUAUGGUGGAAACUCCGCCUUGUAUUUCUUACUGUUCGAUCAUCCACUUCCUCUUUCUCUUUCUAUCAAUGUCAGAUCCUUUUCAAUUAAUUUAUUCCUUUCCCUAAGCACCAUUCUUCUUUCCACAAUUUCCCUCUUUUCCUCGUUUCCCACUUUCACUAUAAGCACACCUGUUUUCCCUUCUGUGUUUCUCCCUAGCACGUUUAGAGCCUCCACUCUCACCUGAACCCUUAAUAUCGUUCAUCAGCUUCUCUACUUUUUCUUUGCUGAAUGACAUUUUACUAUAAUUACUUUAAUUACUAUAUUUCUCUUUUUUCUCUUUCUUCUCCUUCUGGUCUUACUUCUAUUUCAUUCAGUCGUCUGAGCAUGUUUUCAUUUUCCUACUGCAGUUUCUUAUCAUGCCCCUUGACUACGUCUUCUACUCCCCCUUUUCCUUUUCUCCACUCACGCAUUCUAGUUUGCUGAACCUCUCACUCUCUAUCUGUUUACUUUCGAUGAUAUCCAGUUUCCUAAAUACCUCCACCUUCUCGGCUUUCCACAGAGCAUCCCAUUCCUUUCUUAUUUUUUCACGUCCUCCCUGACUUCUUCCCUAUGCGUCCUCGCUUCGUCAAACGCUUUGCAGGUUUCCUCUCCGAAGCAUCCGAUGAGUUACUCAAGGCCUUCUAGACUACUCCGCUCAGCCCUCCUUUCAGAAAGCUUCUUCUUCAUUAUAUAAAAUCCUGCAAUCUCCAUUUAUCAAGAUCCUCGAUUUAACGAAGAUGCAGAUCCAUGCUGGUGCUCCUCUUCUCACUCUAGCAAUAUACUUCCAUUUCAGUGAGUUAAGUUUACAGUACAAUACAACAGCUCUUCAGGAAGGCGAUAGGACUCUUCCAGAUAACAUGAACAUAUAUUAUACAUUGACGACUCAAACAAGGGUAGAGGUAAAAGAUGGGUUUAAUUUAGCUGCUCAUGGAUUCAUAGACCCUGAUGACAAUGCAAUGGUUUGCUUAAUAGAACAGGCGGGAUCAAUCAGACUAGCGCGUGCACUUUACGUAAACAAAACCAGAAUGAGGGUGUACGACGAUGCAUUUAGACCUUUAUCUAGUGUUGACAUAAUUAGAUAUCAACUCCAUUUCGACCAUGAUGUCAAUAGUUGAAAUUUCUGACUGCACAUAUUUUUUAAUGUCGACAACCGCCGUUGCUCAAGGACAAAAUCAAUAUUUUUCAUUUUCCACUGUGAUUGGAUACAAUCAAAAAUAUUAUUCCACAGUAAUUUUGACAAUUCUCAGAUGCUAUAUAUCUUUAAACUAUUUACUAUGCCUAUAAGUUAUUAAUAUCACUUUUAUUUAUUAGUUUCUAGUUUUGGUAUCGUUUCAUAGUAGGAAAACAGGAUAUAUUGGUUAAUUGGUUACUAGUUACUAGUAUUGAUGCGCAGGCGCAUAUAAUUAAUUUUUAUUAGUAUCGUUGCGACAUCUUUACGACAACCUUACGACAUCCUAUGUCCACGUCGUUUCGAUGUCUGCGAUAUCGUAAAGACAUCGUCAGAUCAUACGACUUAUUUACGAUAUCAGAAAGACACCUUAACUUCAUGGACAUAGGAUGUUGUAAAGUUGUCGUAAAGAUGUCGUAACGAUGUCGUAAAGACGUCGCCAAACUUUGUGCCCACUGGACAGGCUAUCAUUUGGUGCGUAGCGCACACUGAAUCUCUGAAGUAAGUUUUCACUUUACCAAAUCAAUUUAAAAUUAGACACCAAAAAAUAAGUUCAUUAAAAAAUGAAAACGUCUGGAUUGAAGCUUAUUUCUGAAUCACAUCAAAAAGUUCGAAAUUUGGUUUAAAAAUACAUUGAGCGCUACGCACGAAAUUGUGUAAGCAAUUCAACGUUGUUUUAAUUUUUAAUUUUACUUUUCUUGUUAGCCAUAAAUAAAUAUCUUCAUUACAAUAGAUUAUUUUCUGAUCUAACAAAUUUAUUUGGUAUGUAGAUAAAUUUUCACUUUGAAUCAUGUAAAAACAACGCUUCAAAUUUGGGUUGGAUGUAACUUUUC